GGGAAAAUGGAGGCGGGCGUUAAGCUGCGGUGAAGGCGGCGAGUCUCAAUGCUUGUGCACCGGAAGAAGCGGCAUGGCGAAGCCGAAGAGGUACACUCCCCUGCAGGGCAAGCGGUUUUACCUGGACGUGCAGAACCAGCGGCAGGCGACUCAGCUGGAGAGAGAACUGCAGCAGCUCGGAGGGACUGUGGAGAGGUUUCUGAGUCGGGACGUCAACUACUUGAUCACCAGCCGCAGGGAGGUUGCGACAGACAGCAGUGGUCGACCUGCUGCUGUUGCUGCUGUUACUGCUGCUGCGCCACUCGGAGGGCCACUUACUCCCUCCAGCACAAGCUCCACGCUUGGCCUGGGAAAGACCGGCAGUGCUGCCGCGAGCUUGGCAGUCACUGUGACAACGCCGGUCACAUCUGGUGGCCCGACAGCUAUAAUCGGCGCGCUCAAUGACGAGAGGCCUACCUCCAGCUCCACGAUGCAGAGGACUCAUUCGGCGCAGGCUCGGACCACUAAACAUUGCGCUUUCAUCGAGCGGCCCAUGAAGGAAGCGCCUGAAACCGGCGCCGUUGCGGGAAGCAAGCAGCGGCAGUGCGCCGGAGUGCUGAAUCGCUUUGUUGCAGCCGUGAAGUUUGGUGGGAAGUCUCAGCCUGCACCACAGCUCAGGAACGGGUGUCGGACAGGCGUCGAGGGCAGUGAUGCGAAACCAUCAGUCACGGCCUCACAGCAGCAGCAACAAUACAAACAGCAGCUGGUGCUGCAACAGCAGAAAAAGCUUCAUCUACCGUCACUGCUCGUAAGCCGUGGAAAGAAGUUGGUGCAGAAAGCCAUGAAGAGACAGGAAAAUGUAGGCGCCGACAUGCUUGCCAAUGCUCGCUCCUGGGGUGUGAAGAUUAUACACAUGGAUGCUGCCUUCAAGUACCUGGAGAAGAAGAGAUGCGAGGCUGGGAACCCCCCACCUCCAGGGCCCCAUGUCCAGCCUGCACCUCAGCCUGGCAGUGCCACACACAAGCACAUUAGCAGUAUUAAACUGCAAAAGCAAUUCAUCAAGGUGGAAGACUGCAGUCAGCACUAUCGCCCAAUGUUCGUGCAGCUGGGCUGCUUCCCGUGGAUAAACACGGCAUCGCCGCGUGGCAACUGCCCCUUCGAGCUUGAGAUCCUCCCAGCUGGGCCCUCCCAGCAGCAACUGCAGGAGCAGAAACAGCAGCAGGAGCUGAAAAUUAAGCAGCAGAAGCAGCCACAGCAAGACCAACAGCAGAUGCUCGUCAUGGGAAACAAAAGAGCCGAGACUAAUGCUAACACGAAGGCGGCAGCCAAGCCGAGUGCACAUGACGGAGGCUGCAAGAGAACGGGAGGCCCCGCUCAGUUUCCGCCCUGCCGGCCCAAGCAUGGCUACUGCGAGUGCUGCUGCCUCACCUUCCAGCACAUGCAGUCGCAUAUGCAAAACGAAGGCCAUCGGUCCUUUGCCUUGGACGAUACAAACUACGUGGAGCUCGACGCUAUAAUCCGCCAGCUGGAGAUGAGGAGCUCUGCCAGCCCCACAGCAACGCUCGGCAGCAUUACUCCCGAGUUUUCAAGGCCAAUGCAGGUGUGUCAGCAGGAAAGAAGUCGUCGACCUUCCUAUCGUGCAGACACUGGGGCGGCCCUGAUGGCCACCUUGCAUGGCAGUGGUGGUGGUGGAAGUAAAGGUAAUAGAGCUGCUGGCAUCGGAAGCAGUGGAAGAAAAGGUGAUAUAGGUGGUAGAGGUGAAGGUGGCAUCAGUGGAGAUGGAAGCAAAUGUGGUGGUGAUUCUGGCCUCUCCCAAACGCGACCUUGUGCUACCAGCAUAGAGGCCAUUGACACUGCCUGUGUGGGAAGGACCGGGAGUUUCAGCCGUGCCUCCUUUUCCACGAAGCUGCCAAACGAUGUCAUGCCUUUGUUGUCCCCAUGCACUGUGGCAGAGAGCUUCUCUAUGCUGUCCCAUAAUAAUCUGGAACCACUUCGGCUCCGAGCAGAGAGGGUUUCAGCUAUAGCCAAUGCGGCCACGUCACGCCAGUCACCGGUGGCCAACUGUUUGUCAAAAUCCAAGAAGCGCAAAGCGAAAUUAACCGCAGGAACUACCGCCAUCCAAAGUGGCCAGACUUGAUCACUCUGAGAGCGGGGAAGGAGGGAUUGUUAUGUCGACCUGGAACUCCGGAGCCGGCGACAUGGGAUGCACGGCAGCAGAUGCAGACUACUCACAUGGGAUCAGGGGCUGUGCAGGUGGUGGGGAAGCGCUUGGCCACUCCAUGCCCACCGCAGAUGCUGCUCCCAUAUGUCAGGCAGACGAUGUUAAUGUUUUGCAAGUCACUGAUGGAACAGUCGAUCGAACUUGGCUCAGCGGCACUGAGGUACAAGCGGAGGCCCCCUGGUGGGAGAGGAAUUCGGCAUUGGAGGCAACAGGUGAGGGCGGAAUACCACUUUACCUCCAGCUGCUCCAGAUCUUCCGGACGAGUGAGGUGGACUCCUUUGAGGGAUUCCAUUUGGAUGGUGACGGGGUACAGGAGCAGCAGGAGGAGCAGGUUGCGGAGAGCGCAGGCUCCCACGAGGACAAGCAAGGAGGACCGACGCUGCACAUCGCCCAGGACAGCAGGGAUGAGCAAGACAGUACUCGCUACAUGGGCAGUGGCCUCCCAGGAGAUGCAGCUGAACACAACAGCGCAGCUGAUAGCACAGCAAGGACGAGCACACGAAACAGAACUCCGACGGAAGCCAGCAGCAAAACUGCUGGGUUGCCCGGGCAACCCAGCAGUGGCCAAUCUGGUUCCAGAUGUUCAGCAACCUCAGUACAGAUGACUUCAGGUGGAGAUAUCAAGCAACUCCAGGAAAUUGCAGUCUCUUCGAAGAGCAGCUCUGAAUGGGACCCGCUGUUCCCUUCACGAGGGAAGCAGCGAAAGGUGAACGGCGCGUAUGAUAACCUGCGCGACGUGUGCGUGGACGUGACCGACAUGGGCUAUCAGGCACACCUGGAUGCCGUGCUCGGGGCCAACCUCAACCCCAAGUGACGUCUUCACCCGCAUACUCGCGCACCGGCAGAGAGGCUCACCAUUCUCUACAGUGCUGCCUGGGUGCGGUAGAGCAGGGGGGUGGGAACCUGAGUACCGAAUAGGACGUUUUAGAUAUGUUUGGCGGGACACAUAUUAACACACCUCAGUCACUUCUCUCACUGAAAGAGGCACUUGUAGUUACAGAAUUAACUUGAGUGCAUUAAAAUAACCAGUGGUGAAAUCUUUUUUUAAUCUAGUAGCCUAUUAAUUUGGCUGUUAUGGCAGCGAUGGAUAAAAUAUCGUCCGUGGCCAGUUUCAAAGUAGUAGGCUUCAACGCGGCCGUGUGUUGUAUGAAAUAAAGUUGCGAGCCGUAUCCGAUCCACGGGUCGUAGAUUCCUCACCCUUUUGCCCCCUUAAAUUCACUGUCACUUUGCAAUGGAGGGGUGGUUUGUGACAGGGGAACCUCAGAGCAGCGGUCUUAUGCCUUAAAGAAUGCAACCCAUAUAAUAGCCAUUGGUAGAUGCCCUUGGGCAGUUCCCACGCCGUCUGACAUUGUUGUCGUUGAUUAAAUAAAAAAUAUAAAUUACAGGUGUGCUCUAGAGGCACACUUUGGCAUUGCUUUUGUUGUAGCAUAAUUAUUUUUCCUAACAAAGUUUAAAAACUCGUGUUGGACAGUCCAGGAAACAACACAGGAAUGUAUCUACAAGGGAUGUUUAUUUUGGGUUGUCUUUCAUGAGCGAUGGCACAAACCGGCAUUACAUUCUAGCGACAGUUUAUGCAGUCAGAAACAGUACCUCAGCGGUCUGAUGUUGCCAAUUGUGUGAUGUGAAGCGUGCAGAAUUUGCUGUGUUACAUUUUCCGCAGACGGUGGAAAUGUCGGUGCUAUUUGUUUAUGCUUCUCAUCCUGAAUGAUGAGUGUCUUUACCUUUUGCUGAUUGGUUUAAAUUAUAUACGCGUGAUGUUGGGCGAUGGACAGAUUCCUGUGGACCUGUGUCCACCAGAGCCAAACUGUUUAC